AUGCAGAGAAGAAAGUUCAUCGAACUCAAAGAGAAAUACUUCAAAGAAAAUGGUGGCUUAUUGUUACAACAACAACUCGCUAGUCAAGGAGGCUCUAUGGAAACAACAAAAAUCUUUAGAGCAGAAGAGCUUGAGAAGGCCACGAACAACUACCGCGAAAGUAGAAUCCUUGGAGGAGGAGGCUAUGGAACGGUUUACAAAGGAAUAUUACCAGACAAUAGCGUGGUUGCCAUAAAGAAAUCAAAAGUUAAUGGUGCAUGCCCGGCUCAGAGUGAGGAUUUUAUUAAUGAGGUGAUUAUUCUUUCCCAAAUCAAGCGUAGAAAUGUGGUCAGGCUCUUAGGUUGUUGUUUAGAGACACGUGCACCGUUACCGGUUUACGAGUUGAUUGCUGAGGGCACUCUUUCUGAGCACAUCCAUAACAAAAGCAGCCUAUUAACAUCAUCACUUUCAUGGGAGCUGAGAUUGAAUAUAGCGGUAGAAACAGCAGGGGAGCACUGGCAUAUUUACACUCAUCUGAUCUCGUGCAAAUUAUCCACUGCUCUCGUGCAAAUUAUCCACCGAGAUGUGAAAGCAACAAAUAUACUACUAGAUGAAAAUUACAGUGCAAAAGUGUCUGACUUUGGGGCUUCAAGAUUGAUCCCUCUAGAUCAAACUCAACUAACAACGUUAGUGCAACGAACACUCGGAUACUUAGACCCCGAAUACUUCCUCACGAAUCAAUUAACAGAAAAGAGUGAUGUAUAUAGCUUCGGAGUUGUCCUUAUGGAGUUACUGACAAGCAAAGUAGAGCUUUCUUCCGCCAGGCCCGAAGAAGAGAGAAACUUAGCAAGCUUUGUUUGUUCAAUGGAGGAAGAUCGCUUGAAGGAAAUUCUUGAUGAUGACAUCGUUAACGAGAGUAACAUUGAGACGCUAAGAAACUUGGCAGAACUCGCAAGAAGAUGUGUUAGGUUGAAAGGGGAGGAGAGGCCUAGCAUGAAAGAAGUGGCAAUGGAGCUCGAGGGAAUGAGAGUUACAGCAAACCAUCCAUGGGGAAAAGCUCAAGUUUCAAGUCCAGAAGAGACUGAGUACUUGCUUGGGUCAGCUAUGAAUUCAGAGGCUUAUUUUGUGGAUGUUAGAGGUGAUGGUAGUUCUAGAGAUACAACUCUUGGGACAACCACUGGGUAUGAUAUCAUGCAGAUCCAAUUGGCCAUGCCUGAUGAUGAUGGGCGAUAA